UUAGACCAGGAAGCUUGUAAAAACUGUACAUGAACUUAAACAUAAUGAACGGCAUGAUGUCUGACAUUCACCUACAAAAACAAGUUGUUGUUGUUUCUCACCGUGAAUUCUGCUUCUACUUGUUCAUCUUACUCCUUACAAUCCAAUCAUCGACAGUUGCUGUCACAUUGACCGGGUCGUCUGAGUACGCUGUCCCCGGGAGUGACUUCACACUGACGUGUGACGUACCGGAGGAGGCAAAAAGUGUCCAGUUGUACCGCCGUCCAGACGUGACUGCUGUGCAAGGUAGUAUACACGUACGUGGUGGUCAAUGUUACAACACCGCUACUACUCUCCUCUGUAGCCCGGAUGUCUGCUCCUGUACUACCACCCAGACUGACUAUGGUACAGUGUUCCAGUGGGUCAUACAGCCACAUACAGGAGACCAUGGAUCUGUGUGGUAUUGUCAACGUACCAACGCAAGGCUACCUGCUACUGACAGGGUUGUACACAGUCCUGACUACACACUUAACGUGGCAGAUGGUCCUGGUACUGUUACCCUGUUCCCAUCGAACACUACCUACAUCAGGACUGAGGGAGACACGUUACCGGACAUCACCUGUACAGCUGACUGUAGACCUAGCUGUACCUUUGUCUGGACAAAACUUGAUAACACCAACUUUACUACCUCAGCUGUGUUGUCACUGGGACAACUUGACAGAUCAGAACACGGGACGUACAGGUGUACGGCUAGGAAUGUUGUCAGGGAGUUAACUACAACUGUAAUUGUUUCUGUGAUGUAUGCUGUAACACUUAACGGGUCGUCUGAGUACGCUGUCCCCGAUAAUAGGUUUACAUUGACAUGUGACGUACCAGGGGAGGGAAGCGUUGUCCAGUUGUACCGCCGCCCUGACGUGACUGCUGUACAAGGUAGUAUAGAAGUACGUGAUGGUCAGUGUUACAACGACAUUCCUACUACUCCUGUCCUCUGUAGCCCGGAUGUCUGCUCCUGUACUACCACCUCGACUAACUACGGUACAGUGUUCCAGUGGGUCAUACAGCCACAGACAGGGGACCAUGGAUCUGUGUGGUCCUGUCGUCGUUUGAACCGAAGUCUACCUAAACCUUACAGGAUUGUAAACAGUCCUGACUAUACACUGAACGUGGCAUGUAAGCCACGUCCAUACCUGGUACCGGACGACCAUCAUACAGUUGACAUACCAUUGUCAAAAACCCUCACUAUUCCCGCUGUGUUUAUCUCCAACCCGGAACCACUGUUCACAUGGACAUUCCAACUCAACCAACUGACAGCUGCCAAAGAACUUGUAAACGGGACGGACAACUUUGCUAUACAAAACAACUUCGAAAAGGCGAAUGUAUCUGCUUUAUCGGUGGGGAUACGUACAAAUAUACAAGAAGAAUGGUUUGGAUUGUAUCAUGUCACAGCAACAAACAGCCAGGGAAGUGCAAUAGUCAGCUUUACAGUUCGUGCGCAACGAAAUCCGAGUCCCACUAAGAUGUUGUCAGUUGACUGUGGAAAGCAAAUAUCUGCCAAAGUAUCGUGGAAGGACGGUGGGAACUCCCAGUUUUACCGUGUUUUAUUCAGCAUGGAUGCCUUUGAACAUUCAGAAGAAGUUUAUCCCUUGACAAUUGCAUUUGAAGAAGGAAGGAACAUUUAUAAUUUGAAUGUAGACAAUUUAGUGGGAGGACGACUAUAUACAUUUAAGAUUGCAGCAUACAACACCUACGGAAAUACAACAUCACUUGAUACUGUUGGAUGUACAGUUCAGGAAGAAUGCUCCUGCAGUACCGACAACAUGUAUGUAACAGCAGUUGCCCUGAUUUGUACCAGUGUUCUAACGCUGCUGUUAACAGUUGGACUUGGAAUAUUCAUUAGUCGAAAUGGUAGACUGCCUUUUAUCAAAGGUCAGCAUCUGAAACAAAGUGAAUUUCAGAACGUGCAACUUUCAGAACGAGCUGUGACACCCAAUGAAGAGGAGGACGAACGAUCCCCAUAUGAACAACUCGAUACGAAUGAAAUUGCCAAGGCAUCUGUGUACUCCGAAAUAGAAAGUCAUCUUCCAGGUCGCCGGCGAGAUCCAGUCAAUGACAACAGAGAAUACGAGUCAUUGGAGGGUCGGUCUAACCCAAACGUCUAUGAAGAUCUCCAUGGCACAACAUCUGGUGAGAAAGAAAUAUACAUCAACACCGCAAUUGCUGAUGGGGGUUCUGGUUCCGGAAAUUAAUCCAUCUGGUUCACAAGAAAUCGUAAAAAUGAACAACUCGAGGAAGCAUCAAUUAUUACGUCAGCUUUUCAAAAUAAUUAUAUUGGAAUUAGCUUAUCAAACGUAGAGCGGAACCGUGAUGGAUAAUAAUCAAUAUAAUUAUUAGUCACCGAGCUUUGUGGUUGUUGACAAAUACCAUGUCAGCAGCCCUCACCUCUGCGAUUGUGACAGCCGCGGUUAUAAUUAUUGAGCAUGCGACUGGUAUCAUUUUAUGGGUAUACAUCCGUUACAGUAUGGCAUAAAUAUUGCGUUUUCUAACGUACUGGGCGAUUCACGAGCUAAAUCCGAAAACACAGGGAGAUAUAUACACGUGUGAUUGACUUAAAGACAGCGUGUGUUACCUGGUAGGUGCAUAUUGUGUUCCGCUCCAAACUGUUAAUGGUACAAAAAGUUGUUUGUGUUUUCAGCAUCAUAGAUUGAGAGGUAAAUCGUCGAGGGAGAUGUUAACCUAUCAUGUCUUGAUAUGUAUAUCUACAAUAACAAUAAACACUGCUAGGAUUGUCGCCCAUUUAUGGAUUCAUCAGUCGCCUGAUGACAGCCAGUCAAUCAGGCGAAAACGCUAGCAAAUAUGAUUAUAGUUUAUUUAUUGUCAUUGCCCAGAUGCUGUUGGCUAAAUAAUUGUAUAGAUUGAAUGUGUUGCUAAUUGAUUGAAAUUCUAUUGAAAUAGUAUUGUUGUACCAGUUUUGACAUUAGGUAAUGACAUUUUAUUAUUUUUUAUAUUUCCAGACAAAUGUUUGUGUCAAAAGACCAACGUAAGACUGUUCAUGAAAUAACCGUGGUUUUAUAUAUCGUAGUGCUACCCUUCAAGUAUCUAUAAAUCAAAUAAAUCAUGCAUGGAUAUACUUCAACUGGCUAGUAGCUACGUCAUAUUUAUGUGAUGCUUAAUGACCCAUUAUGCUUUUUAAUGAUUUAACUGAUUUUGAAUCAUGUGAAUUUGAAUGUCAUUUAAUGUCGUUCAGUUUAACAAACUCCGCACCCAUUUACGCCACCAUAGUACUGUACUUACCAGAUUGCAUUAACGUAGGACAUAUGGUUAUUCAGGAGAAGAGGUUCGAAAAAAUAACAUAUUUAGGCUAAAUUAAUUUGAAUAAACUUGGUAAUCCUUCAUCCGAGCAUGCUUAUAGAUAAAUAUCAUCACUGUAGGCUUGGGUAUUCAGAGUACGUUCGUUGAGGCGCAUUUAAGUCUCAAUAUCGUUAUUGUAAUCUGAAUCAUUGCCAUUGAGUUUACAAAAGUGGCCCAAGCGCACACUUGUUAAUACCGAACCGUAGUCCAAUAAAUCGGAAACUAUUCAAGUACUUCUCUGUCAGAAGAUAAGUGAAUAACAAUAUCGUACUUAAGUACAUACUUACAGCUGCCAACAAUAAUACACAUCGGGGUAAUAAUGUAAUGAUCUAUUUUCCAUGUGUACAGCUCGUAUUUAACAAGCUGAAGAAACCAUACACAGUUGCCAGGUACGCUUUUUCUUUUUCUACUUCAUAUCGUCACUUUUUGCUUUUAAAACAUAACUCUCUUCAAACGACAGGACGAGGGAAUGUAACCAAAUUCGAAGUAAAUGGUCAAUUGGGCCCAAAAGUAGAGAAAGCGGGAAUUGAUUUGUCAAAAAUGCUGUUCGAAUGAUGACUCGCAGAUAAACAAACAACAGACACCUGUAGACAAAUGCAUCCAUGUUACCCAUAUACUCCCAUCCUCUGCAUGGUACUGCAUAUGUACAAACACGAACCUGCCGACAUUGAUCCUGACAGCAUUUACAAUAAUUGCAGGGGAGGGGGGGGGGGGGGUAGAAUAAGGGAUAUGUAUCUGAACAUUUGGUAUAGGAUUGUUAUACUGUCAGAGUGAAAAUAGAUAUGAUACGAGAUAGCUGAGGCUAGAUAUGUCAGGUGGACACCUAUACCUGCACAUAUCCGUAUUGGAAAAACUAAUAGUAAGUAUAUCCUAGUCAUUACAAAAAGAUAUAAGAAAAGUUUCAAGGUGAAGAAAUAUUAUGUCAUUUUAAAAAUCAAAACAAUGGGAAGCUUGUAUUAUUAAUCAUGAUGGGGAAAUAUUUCCGUUUGUGAUUGUGGUGUCUCCUUUUUUGCAGCUUUUGUCUUUAUAGUGUGCUGGUUAUGAUUAAGACCUGAUAUAUGUUCUCCAUUUGAUUCUGUGUGACAUUUAAAUGAUCUUUAGAAAUCAAAACAAAGUUUGUGUUAACCUACUACUGUUUGUUAUAGUAAAAUAUAUUGUUAGUAGGAUUGUGAUUUUAAUGUUAAACAAAUGGUCAAAAUAAAUUAUCUGUUUUUAUGGAGAGUUUGGUCAUCCUUCAACACUAGGGCAUAGGGAUUUGGUGUAAAUGCAUAAUAUGUCACACAGUAGUAGUUGCUCAGCAUCCAUCAGCACGUGCAAAUUGGUGAGCAUGUCCUUGUCGUUUAUAAUAUAUCGAAAACAUUGUUAAUGUAUAUUGGCUAUGCUUAUCAUAUAUACCCUUUAAAUGAUGUCAGAAAACAGAUAUAGCCAGUAAAUAAAAUGAAGGAUUAUAUAUCAGUCUCAAUAAGGUAUUAUGAUCGCAACAUCAAAUACUCAUUGUGAAGUCAGCGAACGGUGCACAUAGUCUUUGAAAUGUAGUUGAAAUAUGGAGUAAAACUGGAUGUGGUAAUUCUCUUGGAUCUAAAAAAAGUAGAGCACACGUUUAGUGACCAAAAUUACAAGAUAUAGCCCGAUUUUACAUUAUCACUUCAAAGCAAGUCUUUUGAAAAGUAAUGCAUACAUGUCUGGAUAUCCCUAACUCAAUAAUCUGACUGAAGUAUAAAACUAAAUAUCAAAUCUUAGUUGUAAA